AUAUUGUUUGUUACAUUGAUUGUAUUGUUACUGUCUACAUAUUUAUGCAAUUCAUCACAUGUGUUAUAAAUAAAUACAUACCAUACAAUUUUUUUACAGACUCAAAACAAGAACCAUGAAGGUGUUUGUGGUACUGUUUCUGGCUGUGUUCACAGGUUGCCAGGCCAACUUGUUCUCUGCUGAUGAGCCCAAACCACAGCUGGAGCAGCUGACUGAUGCUUUCUGGGAAUAUGUUGCCAAGGCAACACACACUGCUGAGGACACACUGAAAACAAUUAGAGAGUCUCAACUGGGCCAGGAAGUCAACACUAGACUUACAGAAGGUGCUAAUGUGGCCAGUGAGUAUGCUGUCACUCUCCAGAAACAAGUGAGCCCUCUAGCCCAGGACAUCAUAACCAAAAUCACCAAGGAAGCUGAAGUUCUGAAGGAGCGCCUUGAGCAGGACCUGACCACUGUGAAGGACAAACUGGAGCCCUAUGCUGAUGAUCUGAAGACCCAAAUUCAGCAGAGAGUGGAGGAGCUGAGAGUAGCUGUGGCUCCUUAUGCCGAGUCCUUUGACUCUGAAGCUCUGAAAACCACGGUGCUGCAGAAGACCGAGGAGCUCAGGGGGAGUCUGGAGGAGAAAGUGAAGGAGCUGCAGUCCCAGCUGGAACCCUACACUGAUGAACUCAGACAGAAAGUAGAUCAGCACCUGCAGGAAUUCCAGAAGACCGUGGGCACUCUGACUGAAGAUCUUCAGGCCAAGGUUGCUGAGAGAGCCACUUUGGUUCAGCAGGGUCUGGCUCCCUAUGGUGAGGACCUGAGAGAGAAACUGGACCCCUAUGCCCAGAACCUGAAGGACCAGCUCACCUCUCUUUAUGAGUCCUUCACCAAGCCCAACUAAAUACUCUAAACACCACAUUUCCCCCACUGGAUUAAUUUUACACUCAUGAAAACUGCUAAAACUACCAUUCUGUAUUUUGAUAUAAAUCCCAACAUUUUGCAAAAAUACAAAAACAAACUGUUAAACUUGCUAAAGGACCAGUGAAUUUCUCCUGUGCCAGGAACAUUAAUAUCAAAAUGUAUCUAUGUAUUAAUGGCAUGCUUCUAAGGAGCUGUUUGUCCUUUGUGAACAUGUUUUGUAUCAUGUCUAAAGCAAUAAUAUAUUUCCAUUUCUUGCAUAUAUCCGAUAUUAAAACAUCUGCCAAAUUGAAUGUGUAAAAUAUUUGUAUAAAUAUUAUGUUAUUAUGUUCUUUGAAUGUUGCGAAAAAGAAAACCAAAUGGUUUUUAUAGAUGUAAAUCAAUCUAGUAACAGUACUG